AUGGGAGACAAGAAAGGUGCAGUUAUGAACUUCAUGUCUGCUUUUCAUGGGGGACAAAUCAGCCUGGAUCCGAUUAAUGUGAUCACAUAUGGUGUUGAUACCAAAGAAGCCGGCGGCGAGACUGUAGAGGGUGAGAUUCCGAAGCUUAUAAACAUCAAACAGACAGGUUUCAUCAAGGGGAGAUCCAUCGCUGAUACCUUCAUAUACGCUUUGGAACUGGUACAAGUUUGUCACAAGAGAAAGAAACCCGCAUUAGUUCUGAAACUGGACUUUGCCAAGGCCUUUGACACAGUGAACUGGGAUGGUUUGUUCAGUAUCCUAUCCGCGAGGGGCUUCCCAGACAAAUGGAAUCAGUGGAUCAGCUCUCUCCUAACCUCCUCGAAAUCCGCAGUGCUAGUCAAUGGAUGUCCGGGGCCUUGGAUCACAUGCAAGAGAGGCCUUCGUCAGGGUGAUCCUAUUUCGCCUUACCUGUUCUUUCUAGUUGCAGAGACUCUUCAGGGUAUGAUUGCUAGAUGCUCUGAGAUCAAACACCCAUCGGAAGAUGGCUUACCAUGUACAGUGCUACAAUAUGCUGAUGACACGUUAAUCAUCCUUCAAGGCAACACCACUGGGGUGGCUGCACUGAAGAACAUUCUUGAUGAUUUUGCAUCUUUCUCUGGCUUACAUAUAAAUUAUUGCAAGAGCACGUUGGUGCCAAUUCAUAUGACUGACAAUAUAACCCAGGAAUGCGUUCAGGUUCUGGGUUGCAGGCAAGAAUCCUUCCCACAGCCUUAUCUGGGGCUGGCACUGUCGGUGCACAAGCUCCCACUGUCAGCAUACACGCCUUGUAUCAAGAAGACUGAUACAUAUCUUAGUACAUGGCAAGCAACCUUACUGAACCCUAUGGGUAGAGCUGUGAUGGUUAACUCGGUUCUGGAUUCUCAACUGGUCUACUUCAUGAGCUCACUACAGUUGCCUCCAUCAGUGAUUGAUCAACUUGACAGGAGAAGACGUGCCUUUCUGUGGAGUGCAGACAAAACAUGA